AUUUUUUCCCAAGACCUUGUACCAACCUUGUACCUCUUCAAGGGUCCAGGAAUAUUAGGCAUCGCGACUCAGAGCCACUCAUUGAAAUGCCCGCGAAACCCGCAAAGACUACAGUCCCAUCUUCCACACAUGAAGGCCAAUACGCGUUCUUCCCAUAUGCACGGUACACCUCCGUCGUGGGCGUUCACACCAGCCUUGUAGCGUUCACAGCCCUCUUCCUACCCCAGACUUCUCUCUUACUCUGGCCAUCACUCGCUGAUUCUGACCGUCCACAAUCCCAGUUUCAAGACGCACUGACAGAUAACCCAGUCAUAACACUCGCUUGGAUCGUUGCAGGGCUAGUGAUCCUCCAAGUAUGGUGGGCGGGGUGGAUCAGGCAGUGGUGUUUCGAGUAUACCUCUCGCGGCGGAACGAGUGACGAGAUUAAAAUGGACAGGUAUCAGUUCGAUCGGGGGAGAUUCUCGAGAUUAGGAAGAGCGGCUGCUUUCACUUCAUGUGUGGCCUUGGUGUUCCACGCAACUAUAUUGUUGUUCGGUGCUCCUUCUUCAAGUCACCUCCCUCAUACAUUCUUGCUGGCGAUCGUUCUAGCACUACUAUCCGCGUUCGCACCAGCUUAUGCACUGGGUUCCCCCUCCUUCUCCUCUGACGCUUCGGCCUUCAUCACCAGACUUAACUGGACACGUUUAUUCGCAGAGCUUUCCCCGCGAAAUCCGAUAGAAAAGGCUCUGGUUUAUCCUGCUGUUGCUACCCUCCUUGGCGCUUGGCUCGGUGCUCUUCCAAUCGCACUGGACUGGGAUCGACCAUGGCAGACCUGGCCGCUAACGCCUCUCUUCGGAGGGAUCGCAGGCUAUAUAAUCGGAUCUCUCUUAGCGCUUUCCAACAGUCGGAGAAGCAGAAAACCACCUGAGGCACUGAUUUUAGUUCCUUCUUGAGUUCUAGACAUCUGUCAAUCACUCUUUUGCGACCAGGCCCUUCUAUGCGAGUACGAGGUCGGUAUUAGCCUCCCUGAGAAGUUUGUGUCUAUCUCUAGUUUCGCGUUCCCCGACACAUGACCAGGCUUCGAAGUUUUCAGCAUCUGUGAGACCCCCGAACUCAGCUUCUGGAAUUCUUGUGUCGCUGGCGUACUAGGACAUCAUUAUACGACAACAGCUUGGAAUUGCACGUCAUCAUCAUGUCCUUGGGUUCUUCUACCUUGCAAUAGAACACCCGGGAUAGUGCAAAUCCGAG